UAAUAAUAAUAAUAAUAAUAAUAAUAAUAAUAAUAAUAAUAAUAAUAGAAAGAAGAAGAUGAAAAAAGAAUACAGUAUAAUAGUUCCGACAUACAACGAACGACUCAACAUCGCCCUCAUCGUUUUCUUAGUCAUCAAACAUAUGCCGCCGGAUGUUGACUUUGAAAUAUUAGUUGUGGAUGAUGGUAGUCCGGAUGGAACUCAAGAUAUCGUCAAACAGUUGCAGGAAGUCUACGGGGAAGAUCGCAUUCGAUUACUAGCUAGGCCCAGGAAGCUUGGAUUAGGGACUGCGUACAUUCAUGGUUUGAAGCAUGCUUUGGGGAACUUUGUUGUAAUUAUGGAUGCUGACCUAUCACACCAUCCGAAGUACCUUCCACACUUCAUAAAGAAACAGAUAGAGACAGGUGCCGAUAUUGUCACCGGAACUCGUUAUGUGAGAGGUGGGGGCGUGCAUGGUUGGACUUUAAUGCGCAAAUUGACAAGUAGAGGGGCUAAUGUUUUGGCACACACGCUUCUUUGGCCUGGUGUAUCAGACUUGACAGGCUCCUUCCGUCUUUACAAGAAGUCUGUGCUUGAAGACAUCAUAAGUUCUUGUGUGAGCAAGGGAUAUGUUUUCCAAAUGGAGAUGAUAGUCCGAGCAUCAAGAAAAGGUUACCAUAUUGAAGAGGUUCCAAUCACUUUUGUAGACAGAGUUUAUGGAACUUCCAAGCUUGGUGGGUCUGAAAUAGUGGAAUAUUUAAAGGGGCUUGUGUAUCUCCUCUUUACAACAUAAAGAUAUCUUCUCUUUACAGCAUAAAGAAUGUAAGCCUGAUACCAUUCGAUACCAUAAUCUCAUUAGUGUUUCUUUCUAUUUCUAUUUCACAGAUGACCUGACUAUCUGACCAGAUACCAAAUAGCCUUUUUAUUACAUUUUUGUGAGAUCUUUUAAUCAUAUACCAAGUAUAUCUUUGAUUUUUUCA